AUGUCCUUCAACGAAUCAGCUCUGCCUUCUUCCACCUCAUCAUCUCCCUCUUCCGCCCAAGACGCCUCUUUGAUGUUGUAUGGCUCUCCAAACAGCUCCGCGACGUCCUCACCGCCAAGUAUCUCGUCCAUCAAGCGCUUUUCAGAUUCGAAUCGCGACUCGCCGAUGUCAAAGUACUUUAGAGACCGAAAGCAGGGUUUUCAGAAUUCUGUCGACGUACAACCGACUGCGGAAGACGAUGUACGAGAUGGAGCGGCGGAGAUUGUGGAUCUUGCCCGUAGCUCGUACCCGGGUCACACCGCACUCGAAACUGUCCCAUCGCCCUCUCCCAAUGCCAAUCAUACUUUGCCGGCUACUCUUCCCGCAAAGAAGACCGGCAGUGCUAUGAACUCGUGGAGAGAAGGGGAAGGGUCAGAGACGCGCUCGAAACGAUGGAGUCUUGAUUCCGCGACCACCGAUUCUACCUUGGUCGACCCCAACUCCCCGUCCCCACAGACAACCGCCAAAUCGUACUUUGCGACACAAACCUACCGCCCGUCGCUCCUUUCCCGCGGUGUCUACCAUCCAAGCGACCCGAAAAAGAGCCUGUAUGUCGGCGGUGGUGACCUGGUGCGAGAGGGAUUCACCGGGAAGGGAAUGAGGCCUCUCUUGCUUCUCUCAAGAAGAUCUUCGAGCUACACCGAUGAUAGCCCCUCCCGCGAAAGCUUCCCAUCUCCCACUGUCGAACCGCCCGUCGCCCCAUCUUCUCCCAUCGGCCUCGGUAUCUCAUUCCAACCGCCUUCGCCGUCUUCCGACCCGGCAUCCAUCCCUUCAAGCCCCGUGUCCUCAUCGAGCUCGUGCGACUCGGACAGCGAGUAUGACGCACUACCGCAUAUCCCGCUGCCUUUUGAUAUCUCGAAUGCGGUUUCGGCGUUUGUCAAGUUUUUGUCCCCCGAUGCUUUCGAUCUCAUCGAAGAUGAAGCUGGAUUUGACGAGAAGAGGGAGAACGCCGCAGAGGAUGAAGGAGAGAAAGAGGAUCGAGCACCAGAGAAGGCGGAUGACGAAGCGAUCAAGAGCUGCUUGAAGACUGCGGGCUCCCCGCCUCGGGCUGGCGUGAAGGGCGUCAGGUUUGACGUUCUGCCGCCCCGGCAUAUCAGAAAGAUGUCUUCUUUGGAGACGGUCCUCAUCCGCUCUGACACCAGCGAGGAUUGGAACUCCAUCUUUUCCUUCCGGUUCGCGUUCCCCUCUUUCCCCUCUCUCCCCUCUCUCCCUACUCUCCCGACCCUGCAACCCCUUCCCCAAACCGCCAAACCUCCCCCUACCCCACCACAAACGAAUAUCCCCCUCCUCUUCUUGACGUUCCUUCUCUCCGUCUUGGUGGCGGUCUUGGACUGGGUAGAGCGGGGUGCGGUGGGCGUGGUGAGGGGGUGGGUGGUGGGGGAGAUGAUGUUGCAGUUGGAGGGGGCGAGAGACGAUGAGCGAAGGAGGUUGGUGCGACGGAGUAGGAGGAAAGGAAGGGCUGUCGCUGUUUGAUGGACUAUUGCUUUGAUUCGGCGUUGGCUGGUUGUCGUUGUCGGAUAGGAUUGAUAAGUGUUGGUGUUGGUGGUGGUUGAUCAGGCGUGGCUUUCGUCGUGGUUUGGACAUUUUUCUUUCUUCUAUAUGACUGACGAUAUAUCAUGACACUUUCACUUAUUAGGGCACUUUAUGAAUUUGACGUUUUGACGUUUUUGA